UAAAAAAAAAGUUGAAGCAAGCAGCACCUAUUUCAUUCCCUCCCUUGCAAAGCACACAUCCGAAAUGGAAAGCGUAAAAUCUUCUCCUUGUCUCUAUUUUCCUCUAAACUUCCAUGCUUUACCUCCAAAUCCGUUCCGUAACAACACCUCCGAACAAUUCUUCAAAUUCAAAUCCUACGCUAAUAAUAAUCAAACUAGAUAUCCCACCAAACACUUUACCCGAACAUCGUUUCCUAGACGCCGCAACAAAAAGAAGAAAUUCCAAGAAAAAGAUGCAUUCCCAUCGUCACUACCACUCCACACAAAAAACCCAGUCGCCAUUUACAAAGACAUCAAAACAUUCGCCAGGGAAAACAAGCUCGACAAAGCUCUCAUUAUCAUGGACUACUUAGAACACGAAGGCAUACCCGUGAACGCCACUACAUUCUCCGCUCUCAUUGCAGCUUGCAUUCGAUCAAAGUCUUUAACUCAAGCUAAACAAAUACACACCCAUGUCCGUAUUAACGGCCUCGAAAACAACGAGUUUUUGAGGACCAAAUUGGUGUCCAUGUAUACAUCCUGUGGGUCGGUCGAAGAUGCGCAAAGGGUGUUCGACGAAUGUUCUUCUAGUGGUAUCAGUGUGUAUCCGUGGAAUGCUUUGCUUAGAGGUACUGUGAUUUAUGGGAGUAAAGGUUAUAAUGAUGUGGUAUCUGCUUAUAAUAAAAUGAGAGAGUUGGGAGUUGAUUUGAAUGUGUAUAGUUUCUCUAGUGUUAUUAAGAGCUUUGCUGGUGCAUCAGCUCUUAAACAAGGGUUAAAGACUCAUGCCCUUUUGGUAAAAAAUGGAUUUGGUGAUAAUUCAAUUCUUAAAACUAGUUUGAUUGAUUUUUACUUUAAGUGUGGUAAGAUCAGGCUUGCGUACAAGGUGUUCGAAGAAAUGCCUGACAGAGAUGUUGAUAUUGUUGUCUGGGGUGCGAUGAUUGCUGGCUUCGCGCAUAAUAGGCGGCAGUGGGAAGCGUUGGACUAUUUGAGAUGGAUGGUAAGCGAAGGGAUAUAUCCAAACUCGGUUAUACUAACUUCGGUACUUCCUGUCGUGGGAGAAGUCUGGGCGAGGAAGUUGGGGCAAGAGGUUCAUGGGUAUGUUUUGAAGACGAAAAGAUAUUCGAAUCAGUUGACGAUUCAGUGUGGAUUAAUUGAUAUGUAUUGCAAAUGUGGGGAUAUGGAUUCAAGUAGACGGGUGUUUUAUGGUUCAAUGGAGAGGAAUGCUAUAACUUGGACCGCUUUGAUGUCUGGUUAUGCAUCAAAUGGGAGGCUCGAGCAGGCUUUGAGAUCGGUAGCUUGGAUGCAGCAAGAAGGGUUUAGGCCUGAUGUUGUCACAGCUGCUACUAUUAUUCCAGUUUGCGGAGAGUUGAAGGCAUUGAAGCACGGGAAGGAAAUUCAUGCUUAUGCUGUCAAGAAUUUGUUCUUUCCUAAUGUAUCCGUAACGACUUCUUUAAUAAAGAUGUACUCUAAAUGCAGGGUCUUGGAAAACUCUGUUAACUUGUUUGAUACUAUGGAGAAUAGGAACGUGAUCUCUUGGACGGCCAUGAUUGAUUCAUACGUAGAAAAUGGGUGUAUAGACGGAGCAUUACACGUGUUUAGGUCAAUGCAGUUCUCAAAACACAGACCGGAUUCUGUUUUGACUGGUAGGAUGCUGAGCAUAUGCAGCAAAAUUAAAGCUUUGAAACUUGGAAAGGAGAUUCACGGGCAUACCUUGAAGAAAAAUUUCGAAUCAGUCCCUUUUGUUUCAUCAGAAAUUGUCAAGAUGUAUGGGAAGUGUGGAUUGAUUGAUUGUGCAAACUCAGUUUUUAAUGCAAUUCCUGUAAAGGGUUCAAUGGCAUGGACUGCCAUUAUAGAAGCUUAUGGAUGUAAUAAUCUAUGGCAAGAUGCAAUCCACCUGUUUCGUGAGAUGAUAGCUGGUGAUUUUACUCCCACACAUUUCACUUUCAAAGUUGUGCUAUCGAUUUGUGAUCAAGCUGGAUUUGCAGAUGAUGCUUGCCGGAUCUUUGAAUUAAUGACUCGAAGGUAUAAAAUUAACGCGACUGAAGAACAUUAUUCUAUCAUCAUUGGACUUCUGUCCCGUAGCGACCGCAUUGCGGAAGCUGAGAAGUUUUUACGGAUGAGUUCUUCCUUGACAUGAAUUUAAAAAGAAAAAGAGAGAUGUUCAUCUAACCUCUUUACUAUUAGUUGAGAACUUGUGGGCAAUUGUAUAGAAUUGUUGUAACAUUAUGUAUCAUAUGCUCAGAAACUUAAAGAAUGAACAUGUUCAUAUCAGAUUUAAUAUAUACAAUUGACUAGUUAUUAUUA